UCUCAAAUAACGUUUGUAUCUAAAUGCAAUUUAACAGGUAUUCAACAACCGGAAUCGAAAUAACAUGUCCAUUAGGGGGAAUUUAUCAAUUAGAGCACUUAAUUCAUUGAUUUAGUGAUUUUUAUCUUAUAUCAGAAUACAAAACUUUGAUCAGACAGUAGUUUGAAAUGCUGUCAAAUAUGACAAAUAAGUCUAGAAUCACCAUAAAUGUUUCGGGUUUAACGUUUAAGAUAAGGCGGGAUUUAUUACUCGAGAAACCAGAAACAUACCUCGGACAUAUAGCUAUGAAUACUUGUGCUAGCGAAGAAGAUCCUGACAUAUGGAUAGAUAGGCCAUUAGAUAGUUUCUACGCCAUUUUGAAUUUCUAUCAGACUGGUGAAUUCCACAUGCCACCAACUAUUUGUCCGAAUGCUUUUAAAAAAGAACUGGACUUUUGGCGCAUCUCGUAUACUAAUUUAGAGGAAUGCUGUCUUUAUAGAUAUCUUCAGUUUAUGGAUGAUAUGGACAAAAAAUCUAAAUUCUUGCAUCAGCAAGCAAAAGUAGAACUUAUAGACGACAAUGGCAAAAGAAGGAUUCGUUCUAAAAUAUGGCGCAUUAUAGAUAACCGGGAACAAUCGAUUUUAGCGAAGAUAUUUCUGUUCGUAGGAAUAAGCUUUGUUCUAGCAUCUGCCGUUACCAUGUCAAUCAACACAUUGCCACAGCACAGACGGUUCCUGACACCUUGUGAAAUGCAAAAAUUUUACAAAGACGACUAUAAUAAUUACAUAGAAGAAGAAAUUAAAUUUUUAUCGGUACCCUGUAAUCAUAUAAUAAUUUAUGAUGAUCGCAUUGAAGUACAAGACGUAGAUGGCAAUUUUACUAAACCUGAUUCGCUGCCAACACUUACAAUUAAAAAUGAGGCAUUUUUGAUGGUUGAAUACAUUACAACUGCUUUUUUCACAGUUGAGCUGUUAUUUCGCUUAUUCUGUUGUCCAAGUCUGACAGCGUAUUUUAUGUCUUGGAUUAAUUUAGCAGACAUUGUAUCCCUUAUUGCGGGUUAUAUGACUAUAGUUGUGUUUGCCAUAACGGAAAAUCAUCAGCAAAUAGUAAUGAAGGAUGUAUUGGAACAUCUGCAAGUCUUACGCAUGCUCCGUCUUGUGCGGUAUUGUCAACAUUUUAGUACAAUUCAAGUUCUUAAAUUUUCAAUGAAACAGAAUUUCAGAGACCUCUUGGUACUGCUUAUGUACCUAGGAAUAGGUAUUUUAAUCUUUGCAAACAUUAUUUACCUAGUUGAGAACAAUCCUAAGCUAAAUAAUAUUCCUCAAGCAUGGUGGCUCGGGAUAAUAACCAUGACGACGGUAGGAUACGGGGACGUUACGCCUCUUACUGCGACCGGAAAAGCUAUUUGUGGAGUGUGCGCAAUAGGUGGGGUUGUUUUAAUAUCGAUUAUUCUACCCAUCUUCGUUGAUUCCUUUCUUACACUUUAUGGGAUUGCGCAACUGAAUUUGACAGCAUAUAGAAAACAAUCAAACGGUGUAAUUGUCAACACAGAUAAUGCAAAAGUGACGCCACAAAAAAUAUCAACUAGUGGCUGGAAUUGAAUAAAUAAGAUUCUAGGGGGAGUUCUUAACUUGCAGUGAAUUGAUGAUAGUUGAUAGAUACCCAAUAUCCUUUGUAUUUCUAUUUUAUUAAAUAUAUUAUUGUAAA